AGUAUAUUUUUUAUAAAUAUUUAAUAUAUUGUAUAAAAAUCUCCUAGGUAUAUAAUACUCUUCACUUCUCUAUGGAAAUAAGAGUAUUAACCAAUUAUCUUAUAUAUGUUAGAACGUCUGAAUAUUUUGGAAAGAUAACAAGAAUUUAAUACUUAGUUCAAAUUAAUAUUCUAAUAAAUAGUUUUUAUUACAGGUAUGCAAGCAUUUUUUAGUGAAAUUUUGCCCUAACGAACUCUUUAUAAAUACAAAAGCAGAUUUAGGACCUUGUAGUAAAAUACACGAUGAAAAUAUGAAGAAAGAAUACGAGCAAUCAAACCAUUACAUGAAAUCACAUUAUGAAGAUGAAUUUUUAAGAUUUUGUCAAGGCAUGCUAACUGAUGUGGAGAAGAGAAUUCGAAGAGCCAAACAAAGACUAGCACUAGGACAAAAAGAAGGAGGAGUAAGCAUGUUAAAUAAUGUGUCAUCAUCAACAGUUGCAAAAGACACAGAAGAAAGAAGUGAACAACUUACAGAAAAAAUUAAUGAUUUAUUAGCUCAAGUAGAACAGUUGGGUUGUGAAGGAAAAGUAGAAGAAGCACAAGGAAUAAUGAAACUUUGCGAUCAGUUAAAAGAAGAAAGAGAAGCUUUACAAAAAUCUUCAGAACCUAAUCAUUGGUUACAGCAACGUCAUGCAUCAAACGUUAAGCAAACAGCAGAAAUUGCAGUUGCUCAAGAGAAACAGAUGGAAGUUUGUGAAGUUUGUGGUGCCUUUUUGAUAGUUGGUGAUGCACAGCAACGAGUUGAUGAUCAUUUAAUGGGAAAACAGCAUGUUGGUUAUGCAAGAUUAAAAUCAGCAGUUGAAGAAAUUGUUCAUAAGAGAGAGAAGAAUAGAGAAGAAAGAGAGAAAGAAAGAGAAAGAGAGCGAGAAGAACGUCGAAAGCAACAACAGGAAGAAGAGAAACACAGACAAAACUAUCAUAGUAGAUUGGAUGAUCGAAAACGUGACAUGAGACGAAGUAGACGCUCAAGAAGUAGAAGUAGAGAAAGACGGAGAUCUAGAAGUCGAAGUCGAAGUAGAAAACAUAGAAGCAGAAGUAGAGAUAGAUCUUAUUAUAAUAGAAGAGGAUAUUAUAGAGAAAGAGAAAAAAUGAAAGAAAGAUAUAAAUAUAGAUCUAGAUCAAGAAGUCCUGAUCAAAGACGACGUGACAAUCACACUCGAUCACGUGAUUCAAAAUAUCGACGACAGUCUAGAAGUAGAUCUCCAGAAAUUAGCAGUGACAGAAGAAAAGGUAGUAGUAGAGAUCAUGAUAAAAGAAAGCACGAAGGAAGAAAUAGAGAGAGUCCAGAAAAUGGAGAAAAUAGUCCUGAGUUAUCUGAUGCAGAUUACAAAGAGAAGACAAGCAAAGGUGAAAAUUAUGUAAAUAGGACUUCUAAAGAUGGAUCAGAAGGUGAAUCAGAUUAGUGACAUCUAAUUUGUGUCUAUAAGAUAUUCAGGUAAGUGGGAAAAUCUUGAUAUAAAAUUUUCUUCCAUCAUCAAUAUCUAUUCCUUUCAGGUGAGUGAUAUUGCUGAGCAUUUUGUUCCACUUCACUUAGGAACCUUUGUACCAGGUAUUAGAUUUAAUUGGUUAAUAGAAGAUUGCAGGAAUUUGAUAAUGUUGGGAUAAAUUCUUUUUCUAAAUUACUUCAAUUCAUUUAAAUGAAUUGAUUUUCCUGCAAAUAAUUGAUAAGUUCUUAAUGGUACAAAAGUUAAAAUAUAAAUCAGUUAAUUUAUGUUGACUAAUUUUAAAAUAACAAUUCCUAUUGUAUAGAAUGUACUUUUUAUAUAGACUGUAUUCCAUGGUAUAGAUAUGUUAAAGGCAUAAUUAUUGGCAAAAAAUGACAUUUAAUCCCCAGCACUUGAGUGUAUGUUAUUUCUUUAUUGACAUUGAUCUCUAACUUUCCUGCUAUGUCUAGCUCGUAACCACAGAUUUUACUUUGAUCUUGGUGUACCGAAGAUGCUACAGUUGUUUUACAGUCCUAGCAAUGAUUACCUGGAGUCCCUUUUUCACAGGUGACCCUAUGUUUUGUAGGAUUAUACUUCUUAAUUGGUGCUGGGAGGGGCAACUGGUAUUUUUAAAUAUAAGUCAUUAGUGUUAGAUAUAACAGUUUAAUAAGUUAAUAUAUUGAGUUCCAUGGUCUGUUUAUCAUUUCCAUCCAUUCAUAACUAAAUAAUAUGAAUUUCAUUUACUUAAUUGAAUGGAUGAUGAUAUAUUGAUUGCUUUGAUUGGGUUUAUUAGGCCACUUAUAAAUAUAAAAAAUAAAUAUUAAGAUGUAUAAUUAUUCAAAUUAAUUUAAUAAUUAACAUAAAAAUAGUUGGUUAUUGAUCAGGAAAUUAUAUAAAAUUGUAUAUUAUUUUAAAAAGUUGUUUAAAUUUAAACAUGUAAUUUUCUUUUGAAGUUUAUUAUCCCAGUAUAGCAAUCUUAAUAUCAUUAUUCAAUGCAUUUUUGAGUGUACAUUAGAGUAUACAAUUCUAUUUUUGUAAAUAGUUAUAUGGUAUUUAUAUAUAGUAUAAAAAUUAUUUCAAAACAAACAUUUUUUUAAGUGUUAAAAUAAUUAGUCAUAAAUACAAUGCAAUCAUUUAUUAUGUAGAUUAAAGUUUAGACAAAUACUCAAAACAUUAAACAUACAGAUGAUUUAAAGUCAUAAAAUUGAUUUUACAUUUACAUUAUGAGCAUUCAUAAUGAUUAUAAAAUUAUAAUAAUGUAAAGUAUUUCAUUCACAGAUUCAUUGAUAUUUCAAUUCAUCAUCAUUUGAAAUGAUACUAUAUAUAAAAUUAAUGUGAUAAAUAUGAUUCCAGGUUUUUCAGUAAAUGAAUAU